UGGUCACGGAUUUCGAAGAGGCCCAAGAAGAAACAUUAUCUGCAACGGAAGGUGCAGCCAGUCGUGUUUCCGAACGCCAGGCCCUGACUACGGUCAAGGUGCACUUGCGCGAGACCCAGCAAGCUCCGGCGUUGGCGCAAGCAGCACCCAACUACGCGGAAAGCCGGCAGUCGAGUCCAAUCGACUUAACCACCAGCGACACGCUUGUCCUGGAGGAUUCUCUUUCAGCCGCAACUGCGACACCCGCGGAAGCAUCUACUGCAGCUUCGCUCGUUUUGCAGAGCUCCGCGACGUCGCUCACAUCCGUCGAGCAGCAAGCGGUACUUGCGUCCGGGGUCGGAGAAGCUGGCUCCGAAGUUGUUUCCACGACCACCGCGAGAAGCCUGCAGUCCGUGAGCUUCGUGACCAAGUUCGCACAAGUUUUAGCGCCCUUCGGCACGUGUGCGGCCCAGGCGGCGCAGCUGGUGCAAAAGCACCGGCGAUUCUCAGUGUACAUGUCCGCGCCGGGCUACGUGCCAGACACCUUCCGCUACUUGCAGUUCACCCUCAUGGGGUACACCAAACCCGUCCUGCCGUCCCUCAACGGCGCCGCGACUUCGGUGGCGCACGAACCCGGGGCGUUGUCCACCACCCACGUGUCGGCGCCGAACGAUCGCCGAGAGUUGUUUUUCCCUGCAGACAACGACAAAGUGUAUUUUUACGUCGCGAGCGUCGAAAAGGUCACAGACAGCACCAGCCUGGCGUUCGCGAACUUGCACAAUGCUUCUUCUACCGUCGCAACGACGCCUACCUCGGGGACCCCACCGCCAACGCUGCAGGAACAGAUGGCAGCUAGCUGCCGCGCUCACCUAGUGAACAAUCUGGUGGAGAUCCAGGAGCGCAGUGCGCUGUCCGGGUGCGCUAAUUUUCGGAGUGCCAUCUUUCAGGGCAUCUCGGACCCGUCGCCCGCGUUGCGGGGGCGAUUCGAAGAGGUGUCCGGGUCCGUCGAGGCGCUCGCAGAGGGAACUACGCACGAGCUACCUCCCGCAGUUUCAGCGGGGGACGGCUCUACUGCGAGUGCUAACACGGG